GCCACCAUCACCCUUGGUUAGAAUGGACAUUCAGUCCUCUGAUGGUUUCUCAAGAAUUCACUCAAGGGUUCGCCCAUCUGCUCUGAAAAAAGAAGGGGGGUCCCACCUCAGAGGGCAGAGGGGGCUCCCAUGUAAUCACCAUAGGCAGAGUCUCUGGGGGUGUGUGGAGGUCCCCUGGGAGAGAAACAAGUAAGGGCGGCAGACUUCAGGAGUCCUGGGGUGGGGUUAGGUGGGAAGAAUCUUGCCACCUGCCCUAGCCCAGGAAUCAGAUUAUUGCCCUUGUUCUUCAGACGCCUGCCCCUAUCCCAGCAACCCAGAGUCAAUCCAGCAUGCUGCAUUAUGUCCUGAGCACUGUCAGUGCUGAGCGGUUAGGCCCUGUCAUGUCCAUGGGGACAGCUGUCCCGGCCCUCCAGUCAGGCCGAAGCACCCACAACCGACUGGAAGUCCGGCUUCUCUUCCCUUAAAACUGUGGCCGGCCAAUGCCUCUGUCCAAAGAAAACAAAUUAGGAAACUGAAAUCUCUCUCCUCCUAGAUCAGGAAUGCAGCCUAGCGUUAAAAAGUCUGCCUAGAGUGCCAUGCGGGUCAAGAUGAAGUCGGACCAAAGGAAACGCAAAUUUCAUGCCCAGGCCUCCGACGUUUCUGUUACACGGCUCUGUGAGCGCCUCUCACAGGCAUGCGUGUGCCUGCAGUUUCGCAUUUCCUCUUCAAACCCUACCAAGCAGCCGGCUGGCAUAUCUGGAGUGAGAGAUCCUACCUAUGGAGGAAUGAGUCAUACCACUCUGGCCAGGCCGGGGACUCCUAGCUCCACCUCUGCCCCACCUGCUAGCCCAGCCAUAAAUAAGGGAGCCCAUCUCUUGCUGCAGAAGGACACCGGUGUCAGCAGCAUGAAGCUGAAUUUCAGUGGUUUGAGGGCCCUGGUGACAGGGGCAGGGAAAGGGAUUGGACGGGACACCGUGAAGGCCCUGCACGCCUCGGGAGCCAAAGUGGUGGCCGUGACACGCACCAACGCAGACCUGGUCAGCCUGGCCAAAGAGUGUCCGGGCAUAGAGCCCGUGUGUGUGGACCUGGGUGACUGGGAGGCCACAGAGAAAGCUCUGGGAGGUAUUGGCCCCGUGGACCUGCUGGUGAACAAUGCAGCCGUGGCACUGAUGCAGCCUUUCCUGGAAGUUACCAAGGAGGUCUUUGACAGGUCCUUCAACGUGAAUCUUCGCUCUGUGUUGCAGGUGUCCCAGAUUGUAGCCAGGGGCAUGAUUAACCGUGGAGUGCCAGGGUCCAUUGUCAACGUCUCCAGCAUGGUGGCCUAUGUCACCUUCCCUGACCUGACCACCUACAGUUCCACCAAAGGGGCAAUGACCAUGAUGACCAAAGCCAUGGCCAUGGAACUGGGGCCAUACAAGAUCCGGGUAAACUCCGUAAACCCCACUGUGGUGCUGACUGAUAUGGGCAAGAAAGUCUCUGAAAACCCUGAGUUUGCCAAGAAGUUAAUGGAGCGCCACCCGCUGAGGAAGUUCGCAGAGGUGGAGGACGUUGUCAACAGCAUCCUCUUCCUGCUCAGCGACCACAGCGCCUCGACCAGUGGCUCUGGCAUCCUGGUGGACGCUGGGUACCUGGCCUCCUAGACUGCAGAGAUGUGGUGCGCCUCAGAGUAGCCUCCCUGCCCACCCUCUAACCAAAGCUUCGACUUAUCUCAUGACCUGGUCCUUGACGCAGCUCCCAGCUCCCCGUCUUAUUGUCUAUAACCACUCCACGCUCCGGACUUUGGGAUCCUUGUUAAUCUUGUCUACUUUGCUGGUCUCGUUUUCCUAAAUAAAU